CAGAAGCAGGGAAACCAAGAGUUGCAGGUUCAAGAUGUAUCCGUACACCUUGACGCAGCUGGACAGGUGGAACCCCUUCAGCGCGCCCUUCACCAGUGUUUACCAGAACGAACAGCAAGCGAAGAGCGCACCCCUGCAGGAGUCGACCCCCGAGCCCAGCAACAAACGGACGCAGUCACCCCCACCUGAAAGCAGGGAGGCUGGUGCCCGGUCUGAGCUGGAUGGCGUGCGCUUCGUCCACUGGUCAGAGGAGGUACAGGUACAGUGGAUCGAGGGAAGGCAUCAACAGAAGGUGACAGCGGAGGAGGAGGAGGAAGAGGAGGAGGAGGAGGAGACGGAAUAUACUACCUGUUCAGAAACCCCGCCCACACCAGAAGACGUGGAGGAGACAAAACCCUGCCCGCACCUGUGUCUGCACCUGCAUCUACACCUGUGA